AUGAGCCUCUACAACAUGCCGCCGCCUGGGGCUCCACAGCCCUCGUCCAGCCUGAGCGGCGAGUCUCCGUUGGCUCUGGCCCCCACCGUCGGCGACCUCGACUCGGCGGACCUGUUCGGCUCGGGCACCACCAAUGGGAGUGGGACCGGGCACGCGAAUGGCCAUGGGCACGGCCAUGGGAGCGGGAGCGGGAGUGCAAAUGGCAAUGGCAGUAGCAAUGGCACUGUGACCCCAUCCGCCCACGAUCAGGGCUCCCAGUCUGCCGCCGCGGGCCCUGCCGUGCCCGCUGCCUGCCUGGCAUGUUCCGAGUGUGUCUAUGUCGCCUCCCGACGGGGGUACAAGGGCCCGCGGAGAGGCACCGCCCACAACCCAAACAAGCGGCACGCAUCCUCGUCCCCUGAUGGCACCGAUGUCUCCUCUGCGGCCGGGCCCGACAGCUGCCCCAUGCUGCUCGGGGCCACCGCCCCCGCCAUGACCAGCGCCGCCUUCACGCCGUCUGCGGGCCUCGGCUCCGAUCCGAGCUCGCCCUUCCUCUCGGCCGCCGCAUCUAUGAACCACCUACAACUCUACAGGACCACGCCCUUCGGCACCCCCAUCAAGGAGUACUUCGUCCGGCACCUCCGAGAGACCGGCCAGAAGCUGGACCACCUGCAGGCGGCGAUGAGAUACGUCGGCUCGCUGUUCAUGGACGUCGGUCCCGCUCGCGCCUCGUAUCUGGACGAGGCCCUACGGCUGUGCUACUCCCCGAGCACCCCCAAGGAUGGCUUCCUCGUCCAGACCCUGCUGCUGCUCAUCGUCGCACUCGACGGCAGCUGCCAGCAGGACAAGGCGCGGGACCUUCUAACUGACUGCGAGAGAAUCGCCGUCGAGAUAGGCAUGAACACGCGCCAGUUCGCCACCAUGAACGGCCGCGGCAACCCAAUACUCGAGGAGAGCUGGCGCAGGACGUGGUGGGAUCUCUACGUUAUCGACGGCAUGGUUGCCGGCGUGCACAGGGUCACCAACUUCCUCCUCUUCGACCUGACCGCCGACGUGGCACUCCCGUGUGAGGAGUCCGAAUUUCUCUUGGGGACUAUACCGCAGCCCAUGUACAUGGAAGACUUUGACGACCAGCUCUUCUCGGGCGAGGACCGCCCGUUCUCGUCGUUCGCGUACCGCGUCGCCGCGAUCCGGAACCUCGGGCGCUUCAUGCGCUGUGGGCCCAUAAUGUUCCCAGAGGAUGAGAACCUCGCCAAGAUGGAGGCUCACCUUACCAACUGGAGGCUGCACCUGCCGCCGGGGAAGAGGGACCCCGUGGACAAGAAUUGUCUGCACGAUGAGAUGAUGUUCCAGGGGCACUUCAUCACGACAGCAUGCACCAUCAUGCUGCACCAACCGCACUCCCAGCUCGACUCGUCCCCAGCGCGCAGCGUCAACUCGUGCGCGCCGUACCGGGCGGUGCCGUCGGGCGAGGCGUACAACAUCCACACGCGGCACACGGUGACGGCGGCGGCGGACAUCUCCAAGAUGAUCACGGCGCCGGUGGGUCUGACGAGCCACACACACUUCUUCACGUGCGUCAUCACCAUGAGCGCGAUCGUGCAGCUGUCCAAGUGGGCGCUGUACUUCCUGCAGGAUGAGGACGACCUGCGGCAGCAGAUCCGGCUCAGCAUUGGCGCGCUGUCCAAGCUGUCGGCCGUGUGGAAGGCGGCCGACAACGCUGCGGGACAGGUCCGCGGCGUGGCGCGCGAGAUCUACCGCGCCAAGAAGGCCCAGCAGAUCAACCCGGCCUUCUGGGUCGCCUUCACGCAGGAGGAGAUGAUCCAGAGCCUCAACGCCGACGAGGCCAUCAUCAGCGAGAUCGACUCCAUGCUCUCGCAGGUCUCGGGCGCGCCCGUGUCUGUUUCCGGGGCGCCCGGGGCGCUGGAGCACUGA